UGUCCGCGUACGAGUGUAUAAUGACCUGAACUUCGAAUCUCCAUCUUGGAAACUUCCCAUUUCACACCCCAAAACCAGAAAUAAAACACAGAUUUCAGAACAAGGAACAAACAAAACAAAACAAACAGCAAAAUUAGAAGUACUCAAACAAUUUCUGUCACUGCUCUCCGUGUUUCCUCCGACCACCGUAGAUGACGGCGGAAUCCGACAACUGCUGCUCCCGCUGUUUGGGCUUCAUAACAACCAUGGGCCUCGCCGCCCUAUUCAUAUGGCUGAGCCUCCGAGUCGACGAACCCAAAUGCUACAUCGACUACAUUUACAUUCCUGCCCUCAACAAAACCCUAAAUUCCCCUUUCACAACAAACUCCACUCUCAACUUCACCCUCAAGCUCGUCAACCCCAACAAGGACAAGGGCAUCAAAUACGACGCCGUUCGCCUCCGCUUCGCCAUCUUCGUCGACCACAACACCACCCGCCCCAUCGGCAACGCCACCGUCGGGGGAUUCUACCAGGGCCACGAGAAGAAGGCCCGCAAGCCCGGAUCCCUCAACGCCGCCGCCGGAAACCUCACGGCGAAGGUCGACGGGAAGAUGUACUUCCGCGUGGAGUUUGAUACGGCGGUGAAGUACAAGAUCUCGCUGUGGUACACGAAGAAGAGGGACUUGUUGUGGGGAGGGGCAAAUGUGGAAAUUGGUGAUUCCGGUGUGAAAGUGCACCGUAAAGCCAUCAGGCUCGGCGAUUCUCAGGCUAGGAUCGAGUCCGGCGCAUCCAAGCUCCGUGGAUGCUAUCGUGCGCUUCUGCCAUUUUUGGUCGCGGUCUUACUCGUGCUUCACGCUCCUGCGUUCACUUGAAGUUGACCGUGACUUUUCUUUGUUUCUUAAUCGUUGUUGUAUGAUUGUAUGUAUUGUACUGCAUCCAUCUACAUAUAGAUUUACACGUUUUAGCUUCUUAUUUUUUUGGUUAAUUAGGAAUUACACGAUUUGUAUAUAUUCUUAAUUAUUAAUCUUUCUUUGGCAUUA